CUUCAAAGGUUUCUCUCCUUGCCUUUCAUCUUCCCAAAUCAUGAGCAAAAUAAAAAUGUCACUUCCCCUCACAAUUUUCAUUCUCUUUUACUUCUUUGGUGUUUUUUCUACUCUCGAUGUUGGGUUAUAGGGAAAACACAAUCCAAUCCAAGCAGAACAAAAAAUGGGGACUUGUUCUCAAUAUGGAAUUUUGAUGGAAAAAUUGCAUACGAAGAUAUCAUUGAAGCAACAAAAGACUUUGACAUUAGAUAUUGCAUUGGAACAGGUGGUUAUGAUAGUGUUUAUAAAGCACAAUUGCCUAGCAGGAAAGUUGUUGCCCUAAAAAAACUUCAUCGCUUAGAGGCUGAGGACCCAAGUUUUGACAAGAGUUUCAAGAACGAGGUACAAAUGCUAUCAAAAAUUCGGCAUCGAAACAUUGUGAAACUUCAUGGCUAUUGCUUGCAUAAACGAUGCAUGUUUUUGGUUUAUCAAUACAUGGAAAGGGGAAGCUUAUUUUGUAUCCUAAGUGACGAUGUUGAAGCACUAGAAUUAGAUUGGCCUAAGAGGAUGAACAUUAUCAAAAGCAUAGCACAUGCCUUAUCUUACAUGCAUCAUGAAUGCAUCCCAGUAAUUAUUCAUCGUGAUAUAUCAAGCAACAAUAUUUUAUUGAACUCUGAUCUAGAGGCUUUUGUCUCCGACUUUGGCACGGCUAGACUUCUUGAUCCUGAUUCCUCCAACCAAACUUUAGUUGUUGGGACCUAUGGUUAUAUUGCCCCAGAACUGGCAUAUACCAUGGUGGUGACUGAAAAAUGUGAUGUUUACAACUUUGGAAUGGUGGCACUAGAAAUAUUAAUGGGAAAACACCCAGGAGAAUUCUUGACUUCAUUAUCAACGUUGUCUUCUCAAAAUUUGAUGUUAAAAGAAAUAUUAGAUCAACGUUUGCCACCACCAAAUCAUUCAAUUGCACAAGAUAUUUUCUUUGCUGCGUCUGUAGCCUUUGCAUGCUUACGCACCAAACCAAAGUCUCGGCCUGCGAUGAAAUGGGUGUCCCAAGAAUGUCUUUCAGGUAAGAAACCACUAGCCAUCCCCUUGCAUGCAAUUUCACUAUGGCAGUUAAGGAAUCAAGAAAUUUAUAUGAUGGCAGAGAGUGAAACACAAUCAUUUAGUUCUUGUUGUUAGGUUGUGUAUCAUAUGGUUUGGUGAACUUAUG